CUUUUUACAAUAAUUCAAAUUUUAUAUUAAAUAAUUAUGUUACGAUAUAUUUAGUUAAAUCACAGUUUCAAUUUUGAUUUUGGAAUUAUCAUGACUGACAUUAUUAGAGGACAAAUAUAUGAUGUAGGACCAAAAUAUACAAACUUAGCUUACAUUGGUGAAGGAGCAUAUGGGAUGGUUUGUUCAGCGGAUGAUAAUUCAAAUAAAUCCCGCGUCGCGAUUAAGAAGAUCUCGCCGUUCGAACACCAAACAUACUGUCAACGGACCUUGAGAGAAAUGAAGAUUUUAGUUCGGUUCAAUCAUGAAAAUAUAAUCGAUAUAAAGGAUAUCAUAAACGCCCCAACGAUGGACGAAAUGAAAGAUGUUUAUAUCGUUCAAUCGCUUAUGGAAACCGACCUUUACAAAUUGCUUAAGACUCAGUCCUUGGGCAAUGAUCACGUUUGCUAUUUUACUUACCAAAUUCUAAGGGCUCUAAAAUACAUUCACUCGGCCAAUGUUAUCCACAGGGACUUAAAGCCCAGUAAUCUGCUACUUAACACCAAUUGUGAUUUAAAAAUAUGCGAUUUUGGCUUAGCCCGAGUAGCCGACCCCGUUCACGAUCACACUGGUAUAUUGACCGAAUACGUCGCCACUCGUUGGUACAGAGCUCCGGAAAUUAUGCUUAAUUCGAGGGGUUAUUCCAAAUCCAUCGAUAUUUGGUCCGUGGGCUGUAUACUCGGAGAGAUGCUAUCGAAUAAACCUCUCUUUCCCGGCAAACAUUAUCUUGAUCAGAUCAAUCAUAUAUUAAGUAUAUUAGGAUCACCAACUCAAGAGGAUUUGAAAUGCAUAUUGAACGAAAAGGCCCGUUGUUACAUAAUGUCGUUACCAAACAGGCAAAAAGUCCCAUGGGAAAGGUUAUACCCAAAGGCGGAUUUCAAAGCUCUGGAUUUAUUAGAUAAAUUAUUAACUUUUAAUCCCCACAAACGGAUAAGCGUAGAAGAAGCGUUGGCUCAUCCAUAUCUUGAACAAUAUUAUGACCCUGCUGAUGAGCCAAUCGCUGAUCAUCCUUUUACAUUUGAUACCGAGCUGGACGAUUUGCCAAAAGAAAAAUUGAAACUUAUGAUAUUCGAAGAAAUACAAAAUUUCCACGCUAAACUUAAUUGCUCAGGCGAUAUCGAGAUAUCUAAUAAUGUUACACCUGAAUAAUAAUAAAUAGCUAUAACGAAGGAAAAAUUAACAAAUAUUAUAUUUUUGUGGCAUACAAUUUACAAUUCUAAUCAUUAAUGGCCAUUUAUAGAAUAAAUAUUUACAUUAUUAUAUUAAAGCA